UCUCUCUCAAUGUCUAACAAUAGAAUGGAUGGUGUUGAAGACCAAGAAGCUCUGUUUCACUCCUACCCUUGUGCCUACUAUGUCCAAAGCCCUUCCACUAUUUCCCAUGCCAACAGCACUGACAUUAGAACCAACAACAUUGAUGAAUCCACAUUCCACUCCCCAGUUCGCUCAGAAACCUUCCUUACAAACCCCACAAACCCAAACCACAGCAUCGAAGCCUCACGUUUCACUCUCUCACGCUACUCUUCCUCUCGUGGAUCAAACAACUCACUAAUCUUGCAUGAAAAGAAGAAUAAUAGUAUUAUUGCUUAUGAUGUUCAAAGCAAUGGGACAGCCGGGACUCAUGAGAAUUGUGAGAACCGUUUGAUCAUUGUUGAUCAUCAUGGAGGGGUUGAUGACGAUGAGGAGGAGGAAGAGAAUGAUGAGAAAGAAUUAUAUUAUGGGAGAGGAAGAGGGUUUUGGAGAAGGUAUUGUACUUAUCGUAAUUCUGAUUCAUGUCUGUGGAUUUGCUUGCAAAUAUGUUGGAGGGCAAUACUGAGCUUGGGAAUUGCAUUGCUUGUGUUUUACAUUGCUACAGAGCCACCACCACCCAAGUUAUCCAUCAAGAUUGCAGGAAUUAGCCAAUUUGUGCUAGGGGAAGGAGUGGAUGCCUCAGGUGUUACAACUAAAAUACUCACCUACAAUUGUACCAUCAAUUUAGUGAUUGAUAACAAGUCCAAGCUCUUUGGCCUUCACAUUAAUCCUCCAAUAAUGGAAAUGUCAUUUGGUCGCCUCACUUUCGCAAUGUCAUAUGGUCCAAAGCUAUAUGCUGAGAGUGGCUCCACAUUGUACCACUUAUAUGUAGAAACGAAGAAUAAGCCAAUGUAUGGUGCUGGAAGAAACAUGCAAGACAAGCUAGAGUCUGGAAUGGGAUUACCACUAAUUUUUCGAAUGAGGUUGAACUCAAAUUUCCGAGUUGUUUUGAACCUUAUCAGGCCUAAAUUUCAUCAUCAAGCUGAAUGCCUAUUAGUCCUUAAUCGUGCAUAUGAUAAGAAACAUCGAACCCAAGCAUAUAAUAGCACUUGCACAAUUACUUCUUAAUCCUUGUUAUUAAUACGUGUUUGGAAUACACAAGUAUAGAUAGUGAUCAAGCAAGCGAAGAUGUUUGGCAUGUGAUUAUAAAU